UGGCGGCUGGCUUGCGUCAGGCUGUGAAGGAGACACCCACGUGCGGCAUGGAGGCGGGAGGCCAGGGCCAGGCGGUGGGCGCUGGCGAAGUGAUAAGCAAGCGACCCCGGGUGGAACCGAAGGCCGCCCGUGGGCUGUGACGUGGGAUCCUCGGGGCCGACCGGCUCCGCGCCGCCGCCGCCGAGUUCAUGCCACGCGGCGCCAGGGGGGAGCCUUCCUGCUAAGCCACUUCUUGCCACGGGGAUGCCGGACGCCGCCGCCCCUGGCAGCCCGGAGCCCCCAACUGUGGGGAGCGCAGAGCCCAACCCUCUGAGAGGACUGACCCGCUACACGACCUACAAGCGGAGAUGGUUCUUCCUUCUGGUCGUCUCCUUGCUCAACUGCUCCAAUGCUAUGCUUUGGCUGAGUUUCGCCCCGGUGGCCGACAAAAUUGCUCACUACUUCCGGCUCUCCAUGACGGAGAUUAACUGGUUGUCCCUUAUCUUCCUGGUGAUGUCCAUCCCCUUUGGAAUAGUUGCUACAUGGAUCCUGGAUUCUUGUGGACUCAGGUGUUCAACGAUCCUAUGCGCCUGGUUGAAUGCCAUUGGGAGUGUCAUCCGAUUGUUCCCCUGCCUAGGCUUUAUGGGCAAUUACAAUUUCACAUACUUAAUGAUUGGCCAGAGCUUCUGCGCCGUGGCCCAGGUCUUGGUCAUCUUCUCUCCGGCCAAACUUGCAGCCUUGUGGUUCCCAGAGCACCAGCGAGCUACGGCAAACAUGAUUGCUACAAUGUCAAACCCUCUGGGCGUCCUUCUGGCUAAUAUGGUGUCUCCUGCGCUUGUGAAAAAAGAGGAAGAUAUUCCACUAAUGAUUGGAUUCUAUAUCAUCCCAGCGGGUCUUGCCUGCUUCCUCUCCAGUGCCUGCAUUUGGGAAAGUGUCCCUCCAACCCCUCCAUCCUUGGGAGCUGCCACCUCUACCUCAGAGCCUUUUCUUUCAGGGAUGUGGAUUCUCCUUCGGAACAAAGCAUAUGCCAUUCUGGCCCUGUGCUUUGGAGGUGGCAUUGGUGCCUUCUCUGCCUUCUCUGCCCUGCUGGAGCAGAUCCUCUGCGUGAAAGGCUAUUCCAAUGAAUUUUCAGGCCUCUGCGGCGCCCUCUUCAUUGGAUUUGGUAUUAUUGGUGCUUUUCUCCUUGGUCUUUAUGUGGACAAGACCAAGCAGUUCAUUGAAGCCACCAAGGUUGGCUUUUGUCUGACUACAUUAGCUGCCAUCGCUUUUGCUGUGGUGUCUCAGAUCCAGGGCCAGAUGGUGUGGAUAGCUGUGGUCUGCUCUCUGUUUGGAUUCUUUGGUUUUUCCAUUUGCCCAAUUUGCUUUGAGUUAGUUGUUGAAUGUUCUUAUCCAGUGGGAGAAGGGACCUCCACGGGUCUGGUCUUUGUGAUAGGACAAAUUGAAGGUGUGAUCAUCAUGGUCCUGUUAGAAGCCCUGACAAUACAGCGCAGUAACGCUGGCCCCUCCAAAUGCCAGCUGCAGGAAGAUACCACCCUGGACUGGACAAACUCCAUGUUGUUGCUGGCUGGGCUAUUCUGUAUCUUCAGCUGCAUCUUCGUUAUUUUCUUCCACACACCAUAUAAGCGGCUUCAGGCAGAAGCCAACACUCCCUACAGGCCCCAUGGGGCAGGAAAGGACGAGGAAGAUGGGGCUUCGGCUCAGUGACCCAGACAUUCUACAGUCUUAGCUUCCUACCACUUCUCAACACUUGUAUUAGAUUUCUAGUUUGAAAAUGUGUUUCUCAAAAACAACUUUGAAGAAAUUUUUGGCAGAAAACAUUUUCUGAAAACUGUUUUUUUGAUCUCUUCUUUCUUCCUAUCCCACUGGUAUUCUCUCACAAGGCAAGUGCUAAGCUGGAGAGGCAUUGGUAAGGGUAGGACCCAAGCAGCUUUUAGGGAAUGGUAUCUAUACAGAAGGCAGUAGGGAGGCCCUCUAGGCUGGGCACUUAAGGAAAGACCUCAUAUCAGCAUUGAGGGCAAACUUUUUUUUACUAAGGAAAGACAUUACACUAAGCAUUGGAGAGAGAGUUCAGUCCAUACACCUAGGAGAGACUUUAUAGUGGGCAGCAGGAGAGAAUCCAUGCUAAGAACUGAAAAGAUCCAUCAAUUUAGCAUUGAGGGAAGGAUUUCCUCAUAUGGGAGACAGAGAGAAGAGAAGGGAGAGAGAAAAGAGAAGAGAGAGAGAGGGAGUGAAGAAAGAGAGAGGGAGAGAGUGUGUGAGUGAGUGUUAGUUCAUUACAUGUACUAAGAAGAGUCUUCACCCCAGGCCCUGAAGAAAAAUGUCAUUCCAGGAACUAGAAAAAUUCUAAACUCUUGGAAGAAGCUCCAUGCCAGAGUUUGAGAAGGAACAGACUGUAGACGGAAUGAGGCCAUGGUCAGGGAUUUGGGACAAAGCUUCUAAGCUACUGUGCCCGCAGACCGAAACAGCCCUGGUGGUGAGAUCGUCCUGUCUCAAGGUCCUAGCAAGGAAAUGCUCUUCACCAGAUUCAUCCCAGCCUGAGGAACAUAGCAAGCCUCUUCCAAGUGAGGAUCCCAGCCAUGGUCUAGGCCAAGGUCCUGUCCUGGAAGGCUGAUGGAUUUUUGACCAGACCUUGUUUAGUGACCAGGAUCCCUUAAGUUUUAGAUAAGUCCCAGUAUGUGAGGGUAUGUCCUUCAUCCUGUGCAAAGGACAAUAGGAAGGAGGAAAGGGAGUGAACAUGCCAGAUACUGGGCUAACUUGUCCAAAUAUUUUCUCAUUUGAUCCUUACAGAAAUCUUGCAAGGUAGGUGCUAUUAUUAUCCUCCUUUGACCCCAAGUCCAGAGCCCUAUCUACUGUGCCACCCAGAUGCCUCAAUAGAACUGGAGCACCCCUUGUUAUGGGGUGGUAUGGAAAGAAUGGGGCAGCUAAGUGACACAGUGGUAGAGCACCGGACCUGGAGUCAGGAAGACUCCUUCACACUUACUAGCUGUGUGACCCUGGGCAAGUCACUUAACCCUGUUUGCCUCAGUUUCCUCAUCUGUAAAAUGAGAGGGUUAUAUUAGAGGAUCUCUAAUGUGCCUUCCAGCUCUAAAAAUCUAUAAAACUAUGGUCCUCUGCUCCAGAUUAGGAGGGUUUUUCUAGGCUUCUAUAUUCCUGUCCCUAAGGACAAAGCUCAGUUGAGAGUUACUGACCCCCCCAGGACAAGAUUUUUGGGUCAGUUCAAGAGUGGCCCUCUCCCCAAUUCCACAGAUGUGGGCCCCAGGGCAGGGUAGGAGACUGGAUGUCUUUCAAAACUAGGCCUCUCCUAGCUCAGAACUGACAGAGCUUAUUCUGGGGCCAGGUAUGGGCAGCCAGGUCAGGACUGUUUGCUGAAUAACCUUUAUUAAAUGGACAGUGUUUACCCCCGAGUCUCAGGCCUUGUUAUUCUUCCUUCUCCUCUCCAUGGGUGAUGAUGUAGCUCAAAGCUUUAUAGUCCAGGUUUCCAGCUGCAUCAAUGGAAGCAAACUGGAAUAUUUGGUCAACCUGUGGGAGGUUUAGAAACGAAAUCAUGUCAGGACAUGCUAACGAACAGGGUCACGUCACUUCCUGCGAUGGCGUGGGAGGACUAGCUGGGGUAGCUCAGACUGUAGCAUGUCAGGGUCAAGGUAGACCUGAUGCUGGCAUGUUAGAGAGAGCAGAGGUCCAUGGGAGUGUGCUGGGGAUGACACAGGAGAAGGCCACAGUGAGGCAGAGGGUACCGCCUCCAUUGCAUGGGCCUCUUGGGAUAAAGGAAACCUAAGGGAAGAAUUUUCCAAAGCGGUUUCACUCUCUUCAUUUGUAGGCUCACUAGGACUGAUGGGAGAAAAGGGAACGCUGGUGGUUGAUAAUCACCAGCCUGAAUGUGCAGGUAUAGGCUUUGUUCACAGUCUGUUUGGUGAAAGCCUACGAUUUCAUCAGUCUAGGGAAUUGCUAGUGUAGACAUUCACUCCACAGAUGCAGCCCUGGAGCACUGAGAGGCUCCCAAGGCCUGAGGCAGGCCUUGAACCCAGCUCUUUCUGAUGUCAGUAUCCAGCAGGCUGGCAAGUAAUUGCUAUUCUCUGAGCUAGUAACAGGCUUAGAAUAGAAGCAGGUUCAAGAAGAGUUUAGAUGAGCCCUUGAAUAGCAACAUCACAGCAGAUUAAUAAAGGAGAGGAUUGAGUAUUUGGGGUAGAUUAUCAUCUAUAAGGACAAUAGAAUUAGAGGCCUAGCCAUGCUAUGUCCCCACCAGGGACAGCCCCUGAACUGGGGGAGUGGAGAUCGUGGGGCUGGGCUAAACCUGUCUUAGCAAAAUGUUAGUUUGCUCAGGUUCUCUGAGGCUCUUUCUAAUUAAACUGCAUCUUUGCCUCAGUUGUAUGUAAGGAAACGGGAUCUUCUUAAGUCCUUAAAAACAUUCCUCUUCCAAAUAAUAUUGCCCUGUGCACUAUAGUUCACACAGCAAACAUUUCUCACACAGAUGGAUAGAAGAAUAAACUCAGGGUCAUACUCUGGAUUAUUUUACAACCAGGUUCCACUAAAGUUUCACUUUCUGAAAAUAGCAAUUCUCCACAUGAUUUUCAUGCCAUGGAAAUUUUUCCCCUCUUUGGACAUUCUAUGAAUAGAGGCAAAUAAAUUUCUAGAUUCUAGA